AAUAGUUAGUCAAUUAAAUAUUGUAGAAUAAUACAGUGGACUUUCUCAUACGUCUAAAUUUUUGAUUGACAAAUACUGCAGAUUUUGUAUUUUCAUUGUUUUAAAUUUUUUGAUAAAUUAUGAUAUUUUGUGUACUAAAUUUUUGGUAUUUUUGAAGGUUUUAGAAUAUUUUUGUUUUUAAUAGUGGGACUGUACAUAGACGAUGGCAUCCAGUGGUGAGAGAUUCCAGACCUGAUAUAAACCUGGUUUUGAAGGCUAACAACAUAACAGUUCGUAAUAAGCAACGGUCUGGGACAGUGAUUACAGAUGAGAUGCGAGAGGAAUUUGCUGAGUUUUGGGACCAACACAAAUAUAAUCCUCUGACAGCAAGAAACAUUUUAUUAGCUUCAUUCUGUCCUCAGGUGUAUGGACUAUAUGUGGUUAAGUUAGCAGUUGCUGUGGUGGUUGCAGGUGGCAUGCAAAAAGUAGAUACAAGUUGUACCAGAAUCAGGGGAGAGUCUCAUCUUCUGCUAGUAGGAGAUCCAGGAACAGGUAAGAGUCAGUUCCUAAAAUACGUGUGUAACCUGGUGCCACGGUGUGUCCUAACAACGGGUAUUGGAACCACCAAUGCUGGUCUUACAGUUUCUGCUGUGAGAGAUGAGGGAGAGUGGGCUCUGGAAGCUGGUGCUUUGGUUCUUGCAGAUGGUGGUAUCUGUUGCAUUGAUGAGUUCAAUAGCAUCCGUGAAGCAGACAGAGCAGCUAUACAUGAAGCUAUGGAGCAGCAAACUAUAAGUGUAGCUAAGGCUGGAAUUGUUUGCAAGCUAGACACUCGCUGCAGCAUUUUAGCCGCCACCAACCCUAAAGGGCACUAUGAUGCUGAAGAAUCUCUCAGCGUUAAUGUUGCUCUAGCCUCGCCUCUACUCUCACGCUUUGACCUCAUCCUGGUUCUUCUUGACACCAGGAAUCCUGAAUGGGACAAAAUAGUGUCCAGCUACAUCCUGGAAGGUUGUGAUCCACUUGGUGGAGAUGGGGGAAGCCAAGAAGACUGGAGCAUGGAGAGACUCCAGGCUUACUUUUGCCACAUACGCUCCAUUCAGCCAGUAAUGACGCCUGAAGCAACCAUACUGUCACGUUAUUAUCAACUUCAGCGGCAGACUGACCAACGCAGUCAAGCCAGGACCACUAUUAGAUUGCUGGAGAGUUUAGUUCGUCUGAGCCAGGGUCAUGCAAGAUUGAUGAUGCAUGCAGAAGUGUCAGUGGAAGAUGCUAUUGUGGCUGUCACAUUGAUAGAAGCUUCUAUGAUUGGAGCUUCACUGAUCACUGGGAUCAAUCCUCUUCACACAGCAUUCCCACGGUCCCCAGAGGAAGAAUAUAAAACUCAAGCUAAAAUUGUGCUGGGAAAACUCAACCUCUUUGAUAUCUUAACAAAAGAAAUGGGACGGCUGAAUGCUCAAGAAAAGCUCCUAAUAAAGUGGAAACAAGUGCACCCAAAAAUCCCAUUGAGGGAAAAAAAAGAUAAAAGUAGAGAUAUACCAGUAACUAUGAGAUAUUGUUCGAAGAAAGAUUUUAAAGGCUCAGUUAAUGAGGAUAAGACAACAGCUGGUAUUGAAGAACUGGAGGAUGAAAUACAAGAGGGAACAUCCAGAAGUGGGAAGCAACAAACAUUGUGCCACAUGACAAAGAAGUUAGACUCGAGUAACAUAGUUUCAUGUGUUGAUGUAUCAAGUGAUAAUCUGAUGGAUGAAUCUCAUGAUAACAGUAACAUGAACUGUGUCAAGAACAAGAAAGGUUUGAAGAGAAAAUUAGAAGUAAAUACACCAGAUAAUGAAAAUCUAAAUGCCCCAGUUCAGUCAAAUAUUAAGAAAGUGAAUAUCAAAAAGUUCAAGAAGAAAUGUACUCAGAAAGAAUCUUUUAAAAAUGUACAUUCUCUGAAUAUUCAGUUGCAGGUGAAUGAGGCUGCAAAUGAAUUAUUGAAUGACUUGGAAGAUUUUGAGGAACCAGUAUGUAAUUGGAAUCAAGUAUUAGUGAAAGACAAUAAAAAUACUUCUAUAAUUAAAUUUAGUGCUGAAAGCAAAGUCGAAGUUGAUGCUAAAACAGGUGUUGAGGAUGCUCAAAAGUGUAAAACAGGUGUUGAGGAUGCUCAAAAGUGUAAAACAGGUGUUGAGGAUACUCAAAAGUGUAAAACAGGUGUUGAGGAUGCUCAAAAGUGUAAAACAGGUGUUGAGGAUACUCAAAAGUGUAAAACAGGUGUUGAGGAUACUCAAAAGUGUAAAACAGGUGUUGAGGAUACUCAAAAGUGUAAAACAGGUGUUGAGGAUGCUCAAGUGUAAAACAGGUGUUGAGGAUGUCAAAAGUGUAAAACACAAAGUUCUUCAUAAGUUAGAGAAAUACAGAAACUAUAUGUUUCUUUAAAAGUUUCCAAAAAUAUCAAAACUAAAUCUUUGUAAAUUUACAGAAGAUAUAGAAACUAAUUCUUCACAAGUUACAGAAAAUACAAAAACUAAAUCAUUACAGGUUACAGAAAAUAAACAUAAUAGACUAGAAAGUAAGCUCUCAGAAGGUGAGCUCUCAGAAGGUGAGCUCUCAAAAGGUGAGCUCUCAAAAGGUGAGCUCUCAAAAGGUGAGCUCUCAAAAGGUGAGCUCUCAAAAGGUGAGCUCUCAAAAGGUGAGCUCUCAGAAGGUGAGAUAGGGCCAAAUAAUAAUGAGGAUACUGAUGAUGUAGACUUCAUGGAAGAAAACCACGGCUCACAAUGCGUAAAUGUUUUACAAAGGCAUUCAUCAACAGAUGUAAUCCUGGUAGAAAAAUAUUGUAUUUCCAGCAAAAAUUCUGAAAGUGCAGACAUUUCACAUCCUUCUCAUCAAUGUAAUUUUUUUGCUCCCCUCUCUAGGUUACUAUUGAGUGAUGUCCAUCUUUAUAAUAGCCCUAGAGUUGAGCAUGGGUUUUACAAACCUCUGAUUAUUAUUAUUAUUACAAUCAUAACAAAGUGAUAAGCCCACUAUGGUCAUACAGCAUUGAUACAAAUCUCUGAGUGUCUGGAGACAGACCAACCAUCACACCCAUCCAUCCCCUCACCUUGGUGACACAUUAAGGGAAUGUUAGUGGGCUUCAUCUAAUAACAUUGUUAAUGGGUGGGUUUGAUGUAUCCACUUUUUAUUUUGGGAAAUUUAGAUGUAAUUUUAUCUCUGGGUUUUAAUUGUAUGUUGUAGAUGAAUAUGCUUUUUAAUAUAUAAUAAUGAAUGACAAGUCUCAGCACUAACUGGCUCAUACAGCUGCUUCAGACCUGUUUUUUUGUAAUCACUGUAUUACUGUAACUUUUAUAUUUAAAAUUUUGAGCUUAUUAAAAUGAUCAAACUCAA